AUGACUAAAUUAACUGAAGCCACUCUCCCUGCAACUGGAAAAAAUAUCUAUCAUCUUGCUAUUUCUGCUGAUGACCUUGCUGAUAACAUCAUUGUUGUAGGUGACCCUGAAAGAGUUCCAAAAGCAGCUGCUGUAGUAUUAGAUCAAACAAAACCAAUUUUUAGACAUGACCAUAGGGGAUUAGUUACUAUGACAGGAUACACUCCAAAUGGAGUAAGAAUGUCUAUUGUAACAACUGGAAUGGGAACUGGAAGCACAGAAAUUAUUAUUAAUGAAAUAUUGGCACUUAAAUGCAUUGAUAUUGAAACACGAACUGUUAAAAAUACACCAAAGAAACCUCUUAAUAUUAUUAGGGUAGGUACUUCAGGUGCUGUACAAGAAACAACAGAAUUAGGAACAUCUAUUAUUACUAAAUAUGCAAUUGGACUUGAUAAUACUGGAAUGUAUUAUGAUGUUGCAUUAACAAAUCCAUUUGGUAUUGAAUUAGAAAAAAUUGCUGACUCAGAAAUAAACAAAGCUAUUCCUGAAGGAAGAAGAUUUAAAGGAAGACUUCAUCCAUAUGUAUCUAUUCCUAAUAAAUGUGUUGUUGAUGCUUUAAUAGAAGCAUCAAAGAAAGAUAAUUUACUUUAUAAAGUUGGUAUUACUGCAUCAGCAGCAGGAUUUUUUGCAUGUCAAGGAAGAUUUGUAUUUGAAGAAAACCAUCCAACAAUUGAAAAUUUAGAUAGUGUUUUAACACAUAUUGGAGUUGAUGGAAUUAAAGUUGAAAAUUUUGAAAUGGAAAUUGCAGCAAUUGCUCAAAUUACUCAAAACUUUACUUGGGUUAGAGCUGGAUGUAUUUGUAUGGCUGUGGCUAACAGAAGACUAAAUACUUUUGCUAAACCAGAAAAAUCAAGUAUUGAACCAACAAUGAAAGUAGCUGCAGAUGCUUUAGAGAUUUUAGACAAAUUAGCUUUAGAACAAUAAAUUAAACUUUUCAUUUUUUU